AUGCCGUUCAAGAAUCGUCUUAAAGAUUACAUAGGAAGGAGUAUUUCUGUUAUCAAUGAAGAGACGAACGAGGAUUCUCUUUCUAUGGAACAGAUUAAUGAAUCCCCAAAAGAUGGGCAGCAAAACAGUACUGAAGAUAUCAAAAAAGGAAACAAUCGCUUUCGGACCAAAAGCAAAGACAGAGGACCUGGAAUAAAGUUAAAGAACCUUCUUCUGAAAAACUCAAAUUUAUUCAAAUCAUUCGAGAUUGACGAGGAUCCAAAAACUCUAGACUCUGAGAUAGCAAGCGACAGUCAGCCUAAAGUAUCUGUCAGCGUUCAAUAUAAAAGAUACAAAAAUCCAAAGCAGAUUAUCAGAAAAGAGGAGCAGACAAAACAAUGCGAAAUACCAAAGCAAAUAGAUUCUUCGGUACCAAAUUGUAAAGUACAAAUCAGUUCUUUUAAAUCAAAGUUUCCAGAAUAUAGAUUUAAAUCUAGAAGCUUGGCGUCGUUUGAAGAAGAAGAAGAAGAAGAGGUUGAUUCUGAACUAAAAUCACUACAAAAGUCUCCUACUAGUAAAGAUUUUCUAGAACCAAGACACUUUAAUUGGGAAGAUAGUGACGAUGAUGACGAUGAUGACGAUGAUGAUGUUUCUCAUGAUGCUGUGGUUAGUGAUGAUGAUGAUGAUGACGAGGAAGAGGUGGUUUCCAUAACAACCGGUCCAUACAUGAUGCGAACAGCAAGAUUCAGCGAAGGGGAUAUUAAUGCAGCUUCUCUGUUGAACUCUCCAAUUUUAAACCAAAAGAAAUUAACCGAAAAACGAAGGAGGAAUUCGACGGUCACGUGGAAGGAUCUGAAGACGCCAAUAAAGGAGCAGAAACCAAUCUGGCUUCGAACAAGAAGAAAUGCCAUUUGCGAAGAACUUGAAAGAGACAUUCAAAUCCAAGGUCUUUCUCUCAGACAAUGGAGAAAAAUUAUUCUCACUAACUUUACACUUUUAGACUUCGACCUAAGAUUUUAG